AGCAACAACACAGGUCAUCACAAACGAUAAAAUGGCGUCGUGUUAGGCAGCGCCAUUACGUGUUUCUAGAUGCAUCUAGUUUCUUACAUUAUAACCUCAGUUGCCAACGAACUAUACUUUGAUAUUUUCUGAAAACUUCAUUAUGCCUGGCAGUUUUAUUAGUUCUACGUUUACGACGUUUUUUAUUGGCUUAAGAGACUCGUUUUUGGGCGCAGUGGCGUUGUUCUCUAUAGAUAAAGCCCCAUCAAACGAGGAGACUUUAACCAAAGACGAUGACUCACAGCUUACACGACCGCCUGGUAGACGAGGUCCAAGACCUAGAAGAAGCAAGGAGGAGCCAAAGAUCUUGUCAAUGCUUAUGCAGUGCUGUUUUCUAAAUGGAGGAGUUUUUUUGCUUAGUGUGGUGAUGUUUGAAAAUUAUCUCAUUCCAGUUGCAAAAUACUUGGCACAGAAAAUCUUUAUGAUUUUGACAAGCAGAAGUAGCAAUGAUAACAGGGUGUGGCUUCUCAUAGAACCAAUCAUGGCAUACACAUUUGGGUCAUUGUGGGUCAUACCAUUGUUUUGGCUCAGUAAAAUUCUUAAUUCUAUCUGGUUCCUGGAAAUUGCAGACGUAGCUUAUAGACGGAAACAUGGACGACCAUUGACAAGCAUUUUAGCGUCGAGAACGGACAGCGUGUUCAAGUAUUUGAGCAAGAUGAUGUCGGAUUUUCUGUUUAGCAUUGUCAUUGAGAUCAUCUUCCUCUUUCAGGCAAACUUGAUAGGUCUCGUUCCGGUGAUUGGGCCUCCAUUUGCCUUUCUCCAUUUGUCGCUACUUUACUCGUUGUACGCCUUUGAGUACACGUGGAUGAACCUUGGCUGGGGUGUCGUGAAAAGAAUCUCAUAUGUAGAGAACCAUUGGCCGUACUUUCUCGGUUUUGGCUUCUUGCUGGCUGUCCUCUCAACGAGCUCGUCCACGGUUAUCAGUGCAUGUCUAUUUGGUGUUCUGUUUCCUCUGUUCAUAUUGAGUGGUUUGGAAGCAAAACCGUCAGAAGAUUGUGGUUAUCCGAUCAAAGUUUUCUCGAUGGCAAUAUGGCUGACCAAUAAUUUAUUUUUGCGCUCGAAGACUCGGCGGGCUGCAGCAUCGAAAAGCAGUGUAAAUGCAGCUGUUGGUGACGAAGAUCAAGUCAGAUCCUAGCGAAAACCAAGGCGACACUCUCCCUGCAUGUCCACGUGAAUCUGAUGCGUGCCCAUGAGGAAAUCAGCUGCUUCUGUCCUGGACAUGCCAUCUUCUUUGAUAUUAGAUCGUUUUCCCCAAUAUUGCAAAUGUCCUUGUUAUCAGCUUUUAGCAGGAUAUUCAGACGAAAGCCCUCGAAUUUCUACUGAUAGUGUAUAGUUAUUCAUUUUUACAAUAUAUCAUAAGAUUUUAUUAUUGUUUUCACGUUGAUGUAACAUUUUGUUAAGAGUAUAAGAGAAAUUAGUCAGCA